GUCGGUGUUUCUUUGUUAUUAAUAUGGCGACGCAUGCUAACACCUAGCUGAGGUCCCAUUGAAAUGAAUGAGAGAUGAGGCUAAGCAUUGAUUAGUCUGCUGAGACUGAUGUAAACAAUCUGUUUAGUGUUGAUGCAGUCCAGUUGUCGCUGGAAAUACAUUAAAGACAUGCAGGUGGCGGACUGAAGCUGUGAAUAUGAGUGAUGAUAAACCAUUCCUCUGCACCGCUCCUGGCUGCGGACAGCGAUUCACAAAUGAAGACCACCUGGCGGUGCAUAAACACAAGCAUGAGAUGACCCUGAGAUUUGGUCCAGCACGCAAUGACAGUGUCAUCAUCGCUGACCAGACACCGACACCGACCCGCUUCUUGAAGAACUGCGAGGAGGUCGGGCUGUUUAACGAGCUCACCAGCCCGUUCGAGCAAGACUUUAAAAAGGCCACGGAGGAUGACAUUAAAAAGUUGCCUCUGGACUUGUCUCCGCUUGCGACUCCUGUUGUUCGAAACAAAAUAGAGGAGCACACACCCAUUGAGUCCCACCGAGACAGUCCACUUCCCCACCCUGAGUCAACCACCACUGACGACAAGGAGGUUUCUUUGCAGCCGACCUCUCUGCCUCCAUCCACUAUAGUCCGUCCUGCCUCCCUCCAAGUCCCCAAUGUACUACUGGCCAGCAAUGAGGCUGGUGUUGUUAUUCAGCGAGCUCUCCCAUCUCCAACAUCUAGCUCUGUUAUAACCCAGGUCCCAUCCUCUUGUAGACCGAUAGUUCCGGUGUCCGGCACGUUUCCGGUUCUGCUGCAGCUGCCUAACGGUCAGACGAUGCCAGUCGCCAUUCCAGCCACCAUCGCCAGCUCCAGCAUGCACAUACCCACUGCCAUUCCUCUGGUCAGACCAGUCACCUUAGUGCCUAGAGUCCCUGGAAUCCCCGGCCCCUCCUCUCCACAGCCUGUCCAAUCAGAAGCUAAGAUGAAGCUGAAGGCGGUCCUCAGUCAGCAGAUCCCUCAGGUAACCAACGGCGAUGCAGGUGACAUCCAGAGCAGCUCGGCCAGUGAGACUCCGCCCCCGGCCCCGCCUCCAGCUGAGGAGCCAUGCCCAAAGUCACUACAGCAGCCGGCUACAUCCACUACAGAAACGCCUAUGUCUCCCGCCCCUCCAGCCCAGCACACAGCCAGCACAGGUGGGCGGCGGCGGAGAACCACCAGCGAGGACCCAGACGAGAAGAGACGGAAGUUUCUGGAAAGAAACAGAGCCGCUGCGUCUCGCUGCAGGCAAAAGAGGAAAGUCUGGGUGCAGAAUCUGGAGAAAAAAGCAGAAGACUUGAGCAGCAUGAACGGACAGCUACAGAAUGAGGUGACUCUUCUGCGUAGCGAGGUGGCCCAGCUGAAGCAGCUCUUACUGGCUCAUAAAGACUGUCCCGUGACACUCCUGCAGAAGAAAUCAGGAUACCACCAGCUGGAUAAGGAGGACAGCUGUGGGGAGAUGUCUGUUCCCAGCAGCCCACAGAACGAGGCCAUCCAGCACAGCUCCAUCAGCACAUCCAACGGCGUCAGCUCCUCCACAGCGGCCCUCGCAUCCGGCCCCGCUCUGGGGCCCGCCGCAGACCACAGCACAGAGGAGGAAGACGACUCGCACAUGGGCGGUGCUUCUUCCUCUCACACCCAGUCUUCAGGAAGCUGAUCAGGCCUCUGAUUGGUCGCUUUGAUUCCUGGCAGCCAUGUUGAAAUGAGGGCGAUGAGAGAUGUUCCCUGGAACACUCCGGUCUUGUCUCCCCUCUGUUUUCAUUUGAGCUCUUUUCAAUCCAGCGCAUUUCUACAAAGAGUACAGUAGUCAGGGAAGGCACUUGGGAGGUUAUGCAGAAAGUGUACUGAUUGUUUUAUGGUUUUUCCAUUUGUGGUGUUUUUAUCGAGUUAAGGAAGGAUUGAGACGAUGUGUCCAAAUGUAUCCGGAUUCAUAGUGAGAGGAAACGGACUUACUGAAGCACUAUCAGAGGCUUGAAGAUGGAAGAAUUGGCCACUUUCUAAUUUAUAUGCGGUUUAUAUUUUGCACAUGAAGGUAGUGAAAGGGUUUUUAUUGUUUGUUUGUUUUUUUUAUAAGCGAUCAUUGUUUGACACAAGCAGUAGCGUUAAAACAUAUCUGAUCGUCGGUCUUCUAGAAAUAGUGACGUGUUGUUGUGUGAAUGUUUCAUAUGGUUCUUGGCAUGUUUAAGGAAGAUUUUCUGACAUGAAUGAUUGUUGAUUGGGCAGUGAUUGUAGUCACCAUGCCGGCUAUUCAAAUGCUUACUUCUGUAUGUGCCAUUUACAGGUUAUUGAAAUCACAAUAACACAUUUAUUUUACAAUUUACUUACAGUGAAGUUUUAGGUGAAUUAGUGAAAUAGACUUGCCUGAGAGCUUUUCAUGGACUUAUUUUGAAUGAAGUGAUUUUUUUCCGCUUACUUGCAAAGUGGCUGACUUUGUAUUUGUGGUGUCUGACUCUUAGAAACAUUGAGAAAAGUUCAUUAGUUCAUUCGCUUUGGUUGUCUUUCUGAUUACAGUGUAAUUAAGGAAGCAUUGUAUAUGCCAUUAUGAUGAAAUCAUUGUAUGUGAUCUCUACUGGUACUAUGUUUGUCUUAGGAUCAUGACGACAAAAAAAAAUCACCUGAACAAACCUUUAAAUAAGGCUUUCCGAACCGUCUUCAGCAAUUCUGUCUUUAGCAUAAAACUCGACAAAACUGAAAAGGAACUGGAGCUGCUCUUCAAAACAAACAAUGACAGAUAUAAAACUACUGUCUUUUAAGUUCUAUUAUGAAGUUAUGCUUAGUGACGAUUACUAAGUAAGAAAAAUAGAUGAAGUCUUUCAUUAUCAUCCUCUUCUCUCUUUAAAUCUAUUGGCUUACUACUGUGUAGUUCUACAAGACUUUGCUGCAUUUUGUUCUGCUUUUAAGUCAACUUGAUUUUGGUUUCAAAGGUAAAUUUGUAUGACGGUCGUUCUGUGCUUGACCUGCAUGACUGAAUUCUCUAAGAGAACUGGACCAGUGUUUCAACCAUGUCUCUGUUGCAGUUGAACAUCUUGUUACUCUUAGAUUUUCAGCCGGGAAAUGGCAGCUUUACAAUGGGGGGGUUUUGUUCUUAUUUACUAGGUCCACUUUGGAAAAAAGGGUGUGAUAAUUAUUGUGUAGGCGGUCAACUUGUAGCUUGUGAAAGGUAUGUAUAAAUUAUAAUAAAGUUGUAAUAAAUCUUUUAAUAGCUAUUUAA